GGGGAGUUUGGUGGGAUUUUGAGGUCUGGGGGGGUUGGGGGGCUCUGGGGGCAUUUAGGGGGGUUUUGGGGACCCCCCUGACCCCCCCUUUCCCCCCUCCCAGGUCCCUGGAACAGGAAUUGGGGUUUGAUUUCGGCUCCGAGGGCGAGUUCUCAUACCUGUACAACCAGUGCUAUGAGCUGAGCACCAGCGAGUACGUUUACCGCCUGUGCCCCUUCCACCGCGUCACCCAGAGGCCCAAAAACGGCGGCUCCGAGACCAACCUGGGGACCUGGGGCUCCUGGGCCGGCCCCGAAGGCGACAAGUUCAGCGCCCACAAGUACGAGCAGGGCAUGGGGUGCUGGCAGGGCCCCAACCGGGGCCACCACGGUGAGGUUGAUGUGUGGCACGGACACGGCGCUGGUGGCGGCCACGGAGCCGAGUCGCUGCGAGUACCUGCUGGAGCUGGAGACCCCCGCGGCCUGCAGGGAGCCCCCCGCCCCCCACGACGAGCACGACGAGCUGUGACCCCAGAAACACCCCCGGGACCCCCAGAAUACACCCCCUCCCAAAAACAACCCAAAAAGCCAUCCGAAAAUCCCCCCAAACUGCCCCCUGAGCCCACUGGGAGCCCCCCCAGACUCAAGCUGGGGGGGGGGGUCCUGCCUCAGUUUCCCUCCCCCCAGAACCUCAAGCGACCAUCCCAGGAUCCCUAAUUUGGGAAUUUCUGGGGGGUAUUCCAAUGGGGGGGGGAUCACACCCCCCAAAUGGAGAUUUUGGGGGGGGGGUAGGGGUGGUGUUCCUUCAUUUUCCUCCCCCAGAAAUUCCUCCAGGACUUUGAGGGACCAUCCCAAGAUCCCUAAUUCGGGAAUUCUGAGGGGGAGAACAUCUGGGGCGGAGGAUGGGGGAGAGGUGAGGAUUCUCCCCCCCCCAAAAAAAAAAACUUGAUGGAUAGAAAUAAAAAUAAAAAUAAAUUUUA